AUGACAAAAUCAGAAUUCCUUAUUGUGCGCAUCGUCCCCACGCACCCCGUCACAGCCUCGGCCUUCCGGGCCGCUCUCAACCAAAUCACCAUCACCGCCUCAGACAGGACCGUCUUCAGCACCGGCCAUGAUCGCGAGCUCGGAAAAGCGACCGGUCUGGCCGACCAACCGGUCGAUGCCCUGACCCCCAUCCCGCCGCUAUCCGUGGUCCCCGGCGACCCGCCCACGCUUCAACCCAGCAUCAUCCAGCACUUCUCCAUCAAGGGCACCGUGCUUGGCACGUCCUCAGUCGCCACAGCCGUCAUCGUUAUCAACAGGGCUGGCCUAGAGCAGCCCACCAAGGAGUAUCCCACGCCGACGUCCUACGACGUCCGCCUGACCUUGACGCAGGACUCGCCGCAGCCCACCGUCUCCAGUCGCCAGCAAGUUGUCGACUUCAACGUGCAAGUCGCCAACGAGCACCUCGUGCCGGAACAAACAUCCUACAUCGCGAGAGAGGCGGCCGUGUACUUGUCCAUUGACGUUCCCCAGGUUGCGCUCGACCCGGGGACCACACUCUACUCGCCAGCAGCAGAUGGCACGCCCCCCAGCUUCGCUUACAUGGUCAAAGCCAUCGACAAUGUUCUCGGCAAAGACUCUCCCGUCGGGGCCCCCUCGCUGGAAGAUAUCAAGGUCUAUCUAUCACCAGCGCAAGCACGACAGGUCGCUGCAGAGCUGGUCAAUAACCGGCUGCUCGACCCGCCGCCCUCUGCGCCGUAUCCCUCGUGGGACAAGGAUAUCUACAAGGUAAAGACCGAUACCGUCUUCUUUGAAGACAUGUUUACUCUUGCCGCAGCGGGCGGAAAAAUCCUCCCCCAAGAGACGGACCAGUCGCGUACCAAGUUCGAGGGCGACCGCGCUUCAUACUACGCUCUGCGCACCUCAGACGGCAUCCGGCUCGCCAACUACGUCUACUCGGCCAUUUUCGCCGUCUACGCGGAAUUCUACAGUUUUGCCGCGACCCGGGCCGUCAUCAACGUGCCCGUCCAGUCCAGUGCGCAGCAUUCCACCUCGGUGUCGGUCCCGUCCAUGCCCGUCUCCGGCACAAGCGGCGCCGCCCUCGAUCCCAGCUUCACCGUGCCCGCCGCCUACUUCUACGCCCUCACCCUCACCCACGCCAUCUCGCAAGACUUUGACACCCGCCUCAAAAUUCUACUCACCACCUCGAGCGACAUCCUCACCAACUCGCUCGGUUCCGCCAUUGAUCAGGGCGUCUUGGGCCCGAUAUCAACGCUCGACGGGCUGAUCCGGUGCGCCACCUCGCUAAAGGCCGUGCCAGCGGCCGAUAUCAACCAGCGGCAGGCGGUCCGGCGCAUCGUCGCCCUGCAGGCCUCUGUCCGGAACGCGCUCCCGGAACAGGUGCAGCCGGCUGCCAAUGCGAGUGUCAAGGCCCUGGUGGCCGACUGGCUCCAGUUCCCCGGCGCUGACCAGGAUUUGCCUGAAAAAGUGUGGUAUCCGCCCGCCAAGGCAAAAGACUACCUCACCGUCAUCCUGGAAGUCAUCGCACCAGGAGAGGAGGCUUUGAUUACAGCAAUAUUGACAGACUUGCGCCUUCCACCAGCGUCCGGAGCUGGCCUCGGCGUAGUGAUUCAAACCGUCACAGACCUCUCCAGCGUGACCGAAGCGCAGUGGUUCGAGUUUUUCCAGCGCCACGAUGGUCUCUUGCCCAGGCGCUACCUCCUGGGCGACCUAAAAGACCGCGUACAUACGUUCGUCCAGGACGUCAACAAGGUCUUAUUCACGUCGCCCGCGCCGCAGUCACUCGGCGACUUGCCACCCCCGCAGGCUGUGCCAACAUGGACCGGCACGCUCGGCAAAGACGUCCUGGUGAAUUUCCUGAACCAGACCGACUUCCGCCUCGGGUCCGAUCUGGACGCCACCGCACUUGCGCAGUACGAGGCGCAGGCCCUGCAAAUCUUCAAAGACAAGGGAAUCGCCUUGUUUGUCACGCUCGCCCUCAAGACGCUGUGGACGCUGUAUCGCAUGACAGACCUGGUUGGUCUCAGCAAGGAACUACGCUUCUCGUACAUGGAAGCUCUGCAUGCGCGAGGCUUCACGAGCGCGGAAAGGGUGAAGCUGGUCGGCUCCUCCCAGUUUCCGCUCGCCAUGGCCGGUACGGUCGCGUUUCCCCGUGCCGGAGAGAUCUUCACCAAGGCGGACGCGCUGCCUUCAGAAACAGGACGCCCCGACCCAGAACCAGGAUAUACAUUCAGCGCAGUCAAUCCAGGGGACCUGGUGAAUUGCGAGCCUCCAUGCCACUUGUCGCCUUUUGGCCCUUUCCAUUACCUGAAGCAGCUCCUCGAACUGCCCUCGGGCACGCAAACCGUCGGCGAUGUUUUGGCCACGCGACGGGGGCCAUUGUCAACCCUCCAUGUGACUGCCAGUAACCUGGGCACCCAUCUCCCCUCCGUUGAUAUCGUCAAUGAGAAUCUAGAGUCCUUGGUGUCCGACUUGGCAGCGAAUUCUGGCGCGCUUUACAACACGACCAAUGCCGGUCUUGCGAGCAUUGACGUGCAAGGAACCACGCCGCUCAUCGUCCCAACAGACCUCGGCGAAGAUGAUAUUCUCAAGGCGCUCCCGCAGCACUCGUCGCCCCAUCUUCCCCAGGACCAGCCCAGUGUGUAUGCCACACUCGCCUCCUCGUUGGCUGGACCGGAUCUUCCUUAUUCGCAGGGCUUGGAUAUAUCCCGCCAGUACCUGGGCGCUGUGGGAACCUCACGCUUUGAACUCAUGCGCGUUUUUCAUCGCGACAUCACCGAGUUCGCGCUCGAUGCGUCCAAAGAGCCAGAGGCGUUUCAAAAGUCGACAUGGCGUCUUCCUGUUCGGUAUGAUAUCGCGCUCGAGUACCUCGGCAUUUCGUGGGAAGAAGCUGCAUUUGUGUAUCAGGGCAAAAUGACGAGUGCCACAGCCGUGGAGCUCCUCGGUACGGUGCUGCGCGGCAACAAGGACACCUCCCACGCCGUCCCUGUUCAAGUAUCGGCCUUUAUUUCUCAGGCCGGUAUAACAUACUGCGAGUUCCUUGAAUUGCACAAGAGCGGCUUCGUUGAGUUCGGUCCUGGGGAGGCGUACCCCGAGUAUCCAGAAUGCCUACCGUGCUGCGACGACGACCUUGUCCUCUCGUUCCCCACGGAACGUUCCCAGGCAGGCGGGCUACUCAAGCUCCUCAUCUUUGCCCGCCUUUGGAAAAGUCUCCGACGCGGCCGCGGGCCAUCGAUCACAAUGAAGGUCCUCGCAGACAUAUGCAAGGUCCUCAAACUGUUUACCGAAACAAACGUGAACCCAGAGUUUCUGCGACAGCUGGCCUCGUUUCUCAUGCUGGUUCAGCUCUGGUGCUUGCCCUUGGCUGACACAGAAUCUGCCUCCGAGCAGACUGAGCAACCGGAUGAGAGAAUCAAGAUUCUGUCCCUCUGGUCUAUGAAAGGCACCAAGACAGACGGCUUCCAAUGGUCCGUGAGAUCCCUCAUCGCAGGCAUUGAAAAGCACGCCAUCCAUCACUACAAGUGCGAAAAGCGCUCUGCUUCCUGGAACAAGAUCAACGCCAGCCAUCUCGACGCCUUGGCUGAGCUGGCCGGGUUCAUCGAGACCAAGUGGUACGCCACGCCGACAUGCACCAUCCGUUUCGUCGAGAUCCUGACAAAACUGUACGCCUCGCGCUUCACCGUCGGGGAAAUCCUCUUCUUAUUCACCCCGCGAAAGCACCUGCGUGACGACGACCCCUUUCCGCUCACCGAAAAGGACGAGUCUCUCGAUGAUCCCCUCAAUGUUCCCGAAGACGACGAGAAGCAUGGUCUCUGGGCUCUACGGCGCAAGCUUCUCCAGGUACAAGUCUGCGACGACGAUGCCGAGCGCUGGUCCUGGCCCAAGAUCGAGGCGACACUGGCAGACCUCGGCUACCGUCCCCACGACGAGCUGUUUUCGCUGCAAUUCCUCGCCGAGCACUUCUUCCCCGACAUCCUUCAAGAGUGCGGCUGUGACGUGUCGCACAAGAGCCGUUACUUUACGACGACCAUCCGCGACUCGUCGCCCAAGCUUUGGCAGUCUCACUGCUCGCCGUUUUCGUACCAGGCGCCGCCAGCGGGGGACGAAGAGGCGUCAGCCACGCUGCGCGUCAAGCUGCCGCUGCGAGGCGAGGAUGUGCUCCGGUUCCUGCGAGACACACGGCAACUUAACACCCAGGAGGCGUCUGCGGUGCAGACGCUCUACUGGCAGACCCGCGCCGCGCUGGCUCCGUUUGCGCUCCUGUUCACCAACUUCAACGACGCUGCCGACUACAUGGUCCAAGAACCCUGCGUCAGAAAGAGGUUCGCAUUUUUUCAGAAAGAGGUUGCCGCAUUUUACAAGCGCUGCAGAGUCAUUUCCCGGCAUCUCCACCACGCCGUGCAUUCCGCUUCGCAAUCCGAUGCCGCGGAAUGCGCAUGCGCCGCCGAGCACGACCACGAAUGCAUUGGUAGCAAGACCGCCUGGCGCGUCCUGUUGAGUCUCAUCGCCGACGAAAACAAAGCCUCUUCUCCUUGGGAGGAUCCUAUUGACUCGGGCGCACCCCCAGCAGAGUUUCAAUGGGGCCCCAAGUUCUCCGGAGGCGCUUUCGCCGCUCUUCUCGGCCUCAUAGGCACUGGCAUUGCAGGUGACUAUGUCGGUGCCGAUCCGCACAUUGUCUGGAAGGAGCUCCGUGGUGGCCUUUCUGCGUGGGGUGACGCGUGCAACGAUUGGAACACUCCCAUCGCCACCGUCCUGCCAGAGUUGACAUUGAAACAGUCGGACACGCAGUCGUCCCUCGUUUCGUUCAAGAACGGGUUUGCCCUGGAUCAAGAAACUGGCCGCGUCCUGUCGGGUGGUGAGCCGUUUUCUGUGGUGUGGAAAGGUGAACUCAUAGUAGAAAAGGGCGGCUGCUACCACUUCGCCAUUUCGUGCAACGCUCACCAUGAAUACUCUAACCGUCAGUCAAGUUUUCAUGAAGAUGAAGAACUCGGGGGCCAUCACACGCACGACUCCCACCAUGACCACCGCUUCUGUCACUGCGACUGCGAGAGCAAAAAGGAGUGGACCAUGACCCUCCGUCGCGGCAAUAAGACCUGGACCCUCCUCAGCCGAGGCUCAAACUCCAACGAAAUUCCAGAAACCUACUCUAAGCAGGUUCCCCUGCGCCCUGGCGCCUACCAGCUCACUAUUGUCUACAAGCAGCCCGAGCCCGACUUUGACGACGACGACGACCUGAAAAAGUCACACACGGGCGUCAGAGUGUCUUUCGAGGGCCCAGACACGCACCAUUACCUGCAACAGGUGCCCGUGUCUGCGCUCUACAUCCGGUGCAAAGAUGGCCCUCUCUGGCCGCAACACAACAUCAUGCAAUACACCCUCAUGGCUGGCAGCACGCGGGUCAUCAACGCCAGGUACAUCCCUACCCUGCGAGACAUCCGCAGGACAUACCAGCGCGCCUUCAAAUCCGUGCUCUUCGCGAGCCGGUUCUGCCUGUCCGCGUGCCACUCCCACUGCGAGGAUGAGUCGGAGCUGGGCUACCUGCUCAGUAACCCGACGAGUUUCCAGGGCACGUCUUACUACUGGGACGCUGCGACGAACGUUUACAAAGCGCAUCACGCAGACUUUGACUUCAACUCGCUCCCCGUCACGGAUGCCUACUUUCCACCCAGUGCGGACACGGACCUGCGCGUGCAGCCGAGCAAGAAGCGGCAGACGGCCCUCUUUGACUGGUUCGAGAGAAUUUUCGACUACACCGCGCUCCGCCGCGAGGUGCGAAGCCUAUGUGAGCCGGCGCUCUGGGUGUUUUUCCACCACGUCACGUUUGACUCGCCGCAGCCCGUCGACCAACUGCUCCGAUACCUGGGCGUCGAGAUUAUGCUCACGCCGCUGGUGCUCGAGUAUUUUGCGCCGCCCCCUGAUGGGCUGUUCAAAAUCACCGACGCGCAGAAUCUCAGUGUCCUGGGUGAUGAGAGGUGGGCUACGCGCGUGUGGAAAGCAAACAGGUGGCUCGUUCACGUCAUGCGCUCAUUCUACGCCCCCAUUACGGAACUAGCACUGUGCCGGCCGGCUCUUUGGUCUGCCAGCCCGGACCCGAAUGCACCUGUUGACGGGGUCGCUGGUAACGUGAACCUCACUCGUUUUGUUCAGAGAUGCUGCUUGAGCAAGACGGACGCCGAGAUACGUCUGCGGCAGGUCGUCGGGCUGAGUGACAACCUUCGUCUUCGAGCCCGCCAUGCCCUCCUCCAAUCUCUCCGCUCCAAUGGAUACUCAGCGGAGCAAGUGUCAGAUCAUCUAUUGCUGGAUGUCGCAGUCGAUAUUCGUGAAACAACCACCCGUGUCAAUGACCUUGUUGCUGCGGCACAGCGUCUUGUGCAUAGGGCUCUUCUCGGACUCGAAGCCGAGCUUCCCAUCGACUCCAAGACUCUCAAACUAUGGGACUGCGAGUUUUCAACCUUUGAGAAAUGGCAGGCACAUCAGAGACGCACCUGGUACUCUGAAAACUGGCUGAAAUGGGAUGAAACGAAGAAGCUGUCCAAAAGUGAAGGCUACAAAUCCCUCGACAAGGCGCUCCAGUCUGGCAUCUCCACUGUGGCCACCUUGGCCCAAAACAUGAAUUGGGGCGGAACAGGCGCUCUUCCUUCCCAGCCAGGUAGGGAGUCUCUGACUUCGGUGCAGGCGUUCACCCUGGGAGUUCAGCGUCAGGCUCUAGAUGGAGGGUUGAGCUUAAUGGGCCAGCCAGAUCGAAGUGGUAUGCCAACAUGGUUGGCUCCGGUGCAGCCCAUCAAUGCCGCCGCGCCCCUCAAACCAGGCCGUGGCUCUACAGAGGCCCUGCUUGAAGCUCCAGAUUCAAACUCAGCUUCAGAGCACUCAGACGUUGUCGCUCACACUGGAGACGGCGAAGGCGAACAAAGCACAACAGUCAUCACACCCAUCUCACUGGAAAGUUCUCUUCCUGGUUCCUCGUCACUUGAGUCUAUCCCUCUCUGGGUGGAAGCAGCUCUUCGUCUUGGAGUCCGGUUUAUUCGUGUAGCAGCUUCAGGUCCCCCCAAUGCUCUACCGUAUGAGCGGAGAACAGAACAGCCUCUCGUUUGCUGCGACUGUGGACAUCGUCAUGAGCCCACCAUUGAUGAGUAUUAUUUUUGGCUCGAAGACAAUCUCCGGUUCGACCCAGCCGACAUUGCCGCCUCCCAGAAUGCAGACCUGCACGAUAACGUGCCCGGUGUGCGCAGUUCAACAGGCGGCAGCCCGCAGAUUGAUCCGCGCACCAUCCAAGCGGACCCGACGUCAGAUUGGGAUACGCCUACAGCCAAGAUGCUGCACUGGCAGUCGGAGCCGCUUGUCCAUUUACGUUGGAUGAAGGUGCACAGAGGCGUCUUGCAAGACUCUCGGCGCUCAACGGACGGGAUUCCUCUUGUCGAUGCCGACCUCGACACUCUGUUUUUGGAUAUCCGCGGGCGGUACUUUGACUCGCUGCUCUUUAACGUCAUUAAAAACGACACAAGUACCGGCUUCCGUUUCGACAUUGCCACUGAUACCGCAAUCCCCAUUCCCGAGCCGGUCCCGAGCUCCCCACCGCCUGCGUUGCCUAUCUCGCAGCCACUCAUCGACGACUUGGCAGCUUUCCCAUAUUUUCUAUAUUUCAACGAGGGAGCGCCACUGGUGCCAGUGAGCACAUUCGGCACCAGCAUGGUCAUUGCAUCGUCAUUACGAACAGACUGCCAGUACCAAGCCUCGACACACUGGCUGAAACUAGUGUACGAUCCUUUGUCCAGGGAAAAUGCGUGGAUGAAUUGCGCGUCGGAGAGUAGCAGCAGCGCUCUGGAAGAAAUUUCGUUGGAAGUAGACGAUUCAAAAUCCACGGACCUGUUUUCCAGUGCGGCUGUACUUGGCAAGUUUCUCCAAGCCGAAGAGGAAGGAGAGAUUGCUGCCAGCGCCGAGCAAGAAGGGUUUCGGCAAGACAGUACGUGUUGUCCCACCGGCCCGGUCCGGCGCGCCAAAGCUAUAGGGCGAGCGGUGACAAUGGAGUACGUCGAGACAUUACUCGCCUGGGCCAGCAGCGUUCGCUGUCUCAACUCGCUAGAGGCAGACCAGCAAGCCGACACCCUGCUCAGCGUAGCGGCCAAGAUUCUGGGCAAGAAGCCAAAGAAUAUCGCCGCCGUCGAUCUAACACGAGGCAAGAUGACUCUCGCCACGUUCCAAAGCUCGGAGCCUGCUCUGAACCCCAGGCUUCUACGCCUCUUUGACGCCGUCGAUGAGGGUCUCAGCAUGGUUCGUGCCGGCAUCAACAACCGCCGGCUUCGCAACGGGGCGCUUGUACGGGAUCGCGCAACAUGGGGUUCUCACAGACGAUUCGAUAUAGGCACGGCGGGGGGUGGCGGCUGUGACGGACUAUGCGACUACUCCUGCUCGCAGGCGUAUCGGUAUAGCUCCAUCUUGCCAAAGGUAUAUCAGUGGACCGCUAUUGUGAAAGCCACCGGUUCUGCCCUGCUCUCUGCCAUUGAAAAGGCGGAUUCUGAAGCGCUCUCUUCGAUCAGGACUUCCCAGGAGCGCCAAAUGACAGAGCUCGGCCUUGACAUUGCCAAAAACCAAUACCGGGCUGCAGACUGGGAUGUCCAAGCGCUGGACAAGCAGAUGCAAGGGGCGCUGACCAGGCUACAGUAUUACCAAAAGCUGAUUGCCGACGGGCUCAACUUUAACGAAAUGGGCUACUUGUUCGGCACAGAAGCGUCCAUGGCUAGCCGAACCAGUGCCAACGUCUCGGACGGCAUCGGUCAAGGCAUGGCCAGCGUUCCCGACAUGUGGGUUGGAGUGGCUGGCGUUGCCGGGAGCCCGUUGCAGUUCCAGCAGAUGCCCAUGGGCGUCAAGAUGGGCACCGGCUUCGCCGCCGCGGCUCGCAUCCUCAAUACGGUGGCCGACAUAUCCACCUCCAACGCCGGAAUGCAGAAUACACAGGGCAGCUGGGACAGACGCCUGCAAGAGUGGCAGCACCAGUGCGACGUGAUUACGUACGAGAUUCAGCAGAUCAAACGUCAGCGUCUUGCCGCCCGGCGUCGGCUGGAGGUGUCGCGUAGGGAGCUGAACAAUACGGAGAGAAACAUCGAGCACCAGGCCGAAGUGCGAGACUUUUUGCGCGACAAGUUUUCCAAGUACGAGCUGUACCUGUAUCUGCAGCAAGAGAAUGCCGCACUCUACCGCAAGACCUUUUCUGCGGCCGUAGAGGUGGCCAAGGAAGCACAGCAAGCCGCGGCGUACGAGCUCGGUGAUUCGACACUGGACAUGAUUCCCUCGUCGGCGGCCGUCUGGGACAGUCUCCAUUCAGGGUUGCUAGCGGGCGAGAAGCUCGAGGUGGCGGUUCAAUCACUGGACAGGGCGUAUAUGAAUAAGAACUGCCGCGAGUACGAGUUGGCAAAGCAUAUCUCGCUGCGGCUGCACUUCCCGGCUAGCUUCGUAAUGCUCAAAUCAGCCGGCUACUGCGAGAUGGAUAUUCCAGAGUGGUUGUUUGACCUCGACUAUCCUGGACAUUAUAUGCGUCGCAUCAAAACGGUUUCCUUGACUAUUCCGUGCGUGGCCGGACCGUACACGGGUAUUCAUUGCAAGCUACAGCAACUACACAGCUCGAUCCGUCAGAGUCCGCAGAUGGAGACGUGCGGCGACUGCUGCUGCGCUGACAAGAAAAAGGCUGAGAAGCCGCCAGGAGCUUGCAUCCAUGAUCCUUGCGUGGCGACGCGCUAUGCUGGGACGGAAGCCAUUGCGACGUCGACGGGACAAAACGACUCUGGUCUCUUUGAAGUGAACUUUGGGGACGCACGCUACCUUCCGUUCGAGUACUCAGGUGCCGUAUCGCGGUGGCGUCUUGAGCUGCCUCAGGAAAAUAACCGCUUUGAUUUUGCUAGCGUGAGCGACGUCAUUCUUCACAUGAGCUUUACUGCAAGAGAGGGCGGUCCCGAGUUCCGGCGGCAGCGUCAGGACCUUGCGCAGAAACACCUGCCAGCGGACGGGCUGCGAUUCUUUGACAUGAGACACGAGAUGCAGGAAGCUUGGUCGGUGCUUCGACGCAGUGGAAAGUGCGAGACCUGCCUUUGGGAGCAGCGCUGCCGGUCAGGGGCGUGCGAUGAUGACGAGGAGCACUGCAACAAUCCUGGUGAGCGACAAGCGGAACGCAAUUCCACAUACCAUUACAAUCAGCGCCGCCACAAGAAACGCAGCUUCGAGCUUGAACUGUCGCGCCAAAUGUUUCCGUUUGUGACGGCAUGCCGCACGCUGGCCGUUGCAGGGGUGCACAUGCUCAUUGAUAUCAAGGACUGCGACGGCGAUGAUUUGGAGGUGUUCCACAUGGUGUACGUGCCGCCGCGAAAGCCGGGCAUCUGUGCAGAUACCAAAAAGGUGCCUUUUGUGCGGACAGCGAGUGGCAUGUGGCGAGGAAAUGUGCAGUUUGCGGAGCCGAUCAUCGUGCCAGAUCUGGGCCCGCGAGAGGCGAGAGGUUUGGGAAAGGGGCUGUUGGGAACGGACGUCUGUGAUUUUGGCAUCGGGAUGACCUGCGAUACUGGUGACUAA